AUGGAUGUCGUGACUUCAGCAGAGCCCAGAGUUUCUUUGACUCCUUCCGAAUCCCUUUCACCAUCUGGCGUCGCCGCCAUUACCGGGCUCGGCCCAGACGUGCCCACGAGCCUUGCCAAGCUCGUCCAAAAGGCCAACCGUGUCGUCUCGGAGGCCCUUUCGUCUCCUGCAAUAAUCACCACAAAGGCGACAACCACCCCAGAAAUCACGGAUACUGCGAUGACGAUGGCUCAGGAAAACGAGGUAGGGCAGAACACUGACGCAGGAGUGAUAUCACAGUCGGAUCAUAUUAGUCCUCGGCCGUCAACUCGCACCACGCGAAUCAAAUCGGCUUUAGUGCAGCCGACUGAGGAGGCCUCAGACGCUUUGGCCUCCACGACGACUACCAAGAAACGAACAAGGGCCGUCAAGGGGGAAAAGAAAGCAACAGAUACGAACAGCCCAGAGUCACAAACACCGGCAGAGGACGGGUCGACCCCACGCAAGCGACGCAAGGAGACAGGAAAGGAAUCGGGUAUAGCGAACAGAAAGGACAGUGGCGUCGAUCUGUCGGGAGUAGAGAUCGCCGGUGAUGGUGGUGAUGGCUCGGGCAUCAAGGCGGAGUCUGUUUCUACGCCUGUCCCCAAGAAGAGAGGUCGACCCCCCAAGAACUCUACUACAGGCACCUCAACUGUCACAACCCCUACUCCCCCAUCAAAAACAAAGGCCAAGACUACCUCUGCCAAGAAGGCCAAGGGAAAAGGAAAGGCCGUCUCGGACCCGACCUCUCUGAGCAACUCGGAUAGCCAGAUCGACACGGGCGAUGCUGGGGAUCAGGACACUAUGCAGGAAAGCGACUCGUCGAUGACCUCGACAGCUGGCUCUGUUCAUGGACAAGGGGUCCUCGAGAUCCAGGGUUCCAGUUCGGCCCCCUUGGUUGUCGCACAAGGCAUUUCAGCACCUCCAAAUGUCAAUCCUCAGGAACCUUUUUCGAGUCUCCCGGUCGAGAUUCUGCAGCACAUCAUCUCUUGGCUGCCUCUCUCAGAGAUCGCCCGAGCCUCCAUGGUCUCCAAGGCGUGGCUGGAUGCGGUUCACUCUCUGUCUGUCUGGAAGAUUAUCUGUCAGGAGGCUGGGUUGGGAGAACCCAAGAAGAAAUACAAGACCCAUAUGGCGUUGGCCUGCGCCGACUCGUUCUGGAUCUGCACACGCUGCUAUUCCUACUCUAACGCCAAAACUAAUCGAGCGGAUCUCCCCCUCCCUGUCAAGGACGUUGACGAUAAUGACCAUAUCCAUAUGUUGUGCCUCCAGUGCCGUCAGGAAUACUACCACAAGCACCCAGCGCCUCUCAAGAAGGGAGUUUACCGUCAGGAGUUCGCUUGGGUACCUAGAGCCGGCUCUAUCGCGCCCAACGGGAUCUACAUCAAUUAUGGUUUGGGAGGGAGCCAGCUGGAUGGAAUUGAGACGGUUGGGUCUUCGUCACAAGGCCUCCCUCUGUACGAUCGCUCGGAGGUCCAGAAGCGCGCGAUUCACAUCCACGGCGGCUGGGUCGGCGUUAACGCUCAAGCAACAAACCCUCGACGGAAGCGAGCAUCCGCAUGCGCAGCCAGAGCCAAAGCUGCCAAAACUUGCACCAAGCGGCCAUCUACCACCCCUUACAUGCUGGAGCGAUCCAGAAUCGCGGCCGAGAAGCGUGCCAUCCGAGAGGAGGAACAGGAGCGUCGACGAGAGGAGCGAGAGGAGGAGCUGUGGGAGAGACGCCGCGAGCGCGCCAAGUGGCGACGAUUCGAAUGGGAGAUGCGACACCCUGAGCGAGCCUGGGAACGCCGACACUGUUACUGA